UGAAAGGUCAUUUGUGUACAGGUCACAGUGACAUCGGUCACCGCAACAUGCCUCUCUUCUGUUUGAACUCGUGUGCCAUAAUAAACAAACAGGGCUGCACUCUUUGGUAGACUGAUCAGGAAUAUCAGAUAUCUGUCUCAUUAGCCAAGGAAGUAGGGGAACGGAAAGCAGGGGAAGAAAUAAAGCUCUUGAAGGAAACGGGAUCAUGGUGAGACGGAACCUCAGUCCAUCCACCCGUUCCGUCUAUCUCUGCCUGGCCUGUCUGUCCGUUGCUCUGCAUGUCAUUCUAGCAUUUUUUUGUCUCACUGUCCUCCAAACAGCCUGCGUCCUUCCCAACCCGUCUUCCUCCUCCUUAAAUCCAAGAACAGAAACAGAGAGGCAUCACCGGGUCCCUUCCCCUUCACAUAAACUAUCAAUCAGUUCCCAGAAUGACAAGCCUUACAAAUCAAAUGCGACCGGAAUGCCUGCUGCCAUUGACCCAGAGAAGAAAACGAUUGGCGCCGGAAAAGUAAAUCGAGUCAUCGAGGAGGCCUCGAAGCUGCGGGCGCUUUUCGAGCACCCGCUGUACAACCUGCCAGAAGUGGGGCUGCUUGAGGAUGACUGGCUGCUGAGGGUGAAGAAAAACGAGGACGCGGGUGAUGAGGAAGACAUCAAUAGUGACAGCCAGUGGGAGAGUGCAAGUCACGAGAAAGGCUACGACAAAGUCUCAUGGACCAACGACGCCGAGUCACACCCACCCUGGUUGCGAUUCCACUUGGGCAUCACUCGGUGGGCGCUGUACAACAGAAAGGAUGUCACCGUGUCAAAUCUAACUCAUUACUUGGCAACGCAACGUAUCCUCGGAGCAGUUCAAAAGUCAGGAGGUACUCAACUCAAACUGCUGAUGUCUUUCCCAAACUACGGACAAGCUCUGCUCAAACCGAAGAAACAAUCCAGAGACGCAGAGACAGAUGUGAACCUCUUUUACUUCUCUGAUUUUGAAAGACACAAUGCGGAGAUCUCAGCUUUUCACCUUGACAGGCUGCUGGGCUUCAACAGAAUCCCCCCAGUGGUCGGUCGUCUCAUCAACGUCACCAGUGAGAUCAGAGAGAUUACCACUGACCGCAAGCUGUUUCGCACCUUCUUCACUUCCCCUGCGGGGAAUGUGUGUUUCUAUGGUCAGUGUGAAUACUACUGCUCAACGGAGCACCCGCUGUGUGGGCAACCGCACUCACUGGAAGUAUCCUUGGCAGCCAUGCUCCCCGACCUCAGCCUUGCUCCUCGCAGGUCUUGGAGGUCACCAUGGAGGCGGUCCUACAGCCGCACCAAACUGGCCCAAUGGGAAAAAGACCCUGCAUACUGUGACACUGUCAAACAGACGCCUCCCUACAACCACGGCACCAGACUGGUGGAUGUGAUCGACAUGGCUAUAUUGGACUUCCUCAUGGGCAACAUGGAUAGACAUCACUAUGAGACAUUUGAGAAAUUUGGCAAUGAAACUUUCCUGCUGCAUCUGGAUAAUGGACGAGCGUUUGGACGACACUCUCAAGAUGAGCUAUCAAUUUUAGCUCCCUUACAACAGUGCUGCAGGAUCCGUCGCUCCACCCUCCUUCGGUUGCGUCUCUUGUCCGAUCCAUACUUCCGUCUGAGUGAUGUCAUGCGACAGUCGUUGGCCCAGGAUCCUCUUGAAGCUGUUGCUCCACUCCUGUCCGAGGCACACCUUGCCGCUUUGGACCGACGACUAGCAACUGUCCUGCAUGUGGUGGAGACCUGUGAAGAGCAACACACUGAUGUCAUUUUCAAUGAUUUAGGAAAGUACGAAGUAUAUGAGCAACAAAUAAAAUAAGGCAAAAACAACGGGUCUAAUUUAUUUAAAUAAAAUAAAUGAAGGUUAUUUAAGAAGGUGGAAGCAUGCAUAUAUAUUGAGAGGGGAAGUAAAAAUAAACCAUAAUCUUAUAAGUGGGAUACACUGUGUUCAGAAGUCACAUUUCAAUAUUAAAUGCACUAUUACAUGGUAGUCAGAACACACCUGCCACUAUUUUAAGUACCCCUGUUGGACCAUAAAUAAAGCUCAGUUGUUCUAGUAAA